AUGCAGAGCAACAAGAAAAUGGCGACUACUGCGAAAGCGUUCCAUGCCUUUCGGAGGCCGCGAUGUCAGGCACUCUUCGGCGUAAGAGCGCCGGCCUCUCGAUCGCCCUCCUUUCUCUCUUCCUUCUCGUCUCCUUCCUCCCCCACUCCUCUCUCUUCUCUCUCUUCUCUCUCUUCUCUCUCUUCUCUCUCUUCGUCUCGUUCGCCUCUUUCUGCGUCGUCUUCGAUAGCUGAACUGGCCGAGUGUCCAGACACCCUGCUGUCGCAUCUCUGCCUCGCCCUGCGCGGCGCUUCUGCGUGUUCGGCUCGCCAAUUUUCCUCUUCUCUCGCUUCGCUCUCUCCUUCGUCAGCCUCCUCCCUCGCCUCGCUCCGCGCCCAUUCGCCUGCGCGCUUUUCGACGCAGACAGGGCGUCUCGCCGCCUCUCUCUCUCACCGGAGAUCGUUCUCUUCCGGACAUCCCGAGCACAUGCGCUUCCUCAGAAACAUUGGAAUAAGUGCACACAUCGACAGUGGAAAGACAACUCUGACAGAGCGCAUCCUAUUCUAUACAGGCCGCAUUGCGGCAAUCCACGAAGUCCGCGGAAGCGACGGCGUCGGCGCCAAGAUGGACAGCAUGGAGCUCGAGCGCGAGAAAGGAAUCACCAUCCAGUCGGCGGCGACGUACUGUUCGUGGACCUUGCGCGAGGGUGCAGCGCCUGCGCCUGCGUCGGGGAAAGCGGCGGCCGCGCCGAAACUGGACGGGCAGAUGUACAACAUCAACAUCAUCGAUACUCCUGGUCAUGUGGACUUCACCAUCGAGGUCGAGCGAGCGCUGCGAGUUCUAGACGGAGCUGUGCUGGUCUGCUGCGGCGUCGCGGGCGUCCAGAGCCAGACGCUCACGGUCGAUCGCCAGAUGAAACGCUACUCUGUGCCUCGCCUGAUUUUCGUCAACAAACUCGACCGCGAUGGAGCCGAUCCGCAACGAGCUCUCACGGCGCUCCGCAGAAAACUGGCAAUUACGACAUGUCCUCUCCAAAUUCCGAUUGGUCUCGAGGGUCGCCACAAGGGCGUGGUGGACAUUGUGCGUCGCCAGGCAGUUUACUUCGACGGCGCGUAUGGCGAGAAAGUCCGCGUUGACUCGGAGAUCCCCGCGGCUCUCCGCUCUCCCCUCGAGGACGCGCGAGCGGAGCUCCUCGAGACCCUCGCCGACUUGGACGACAGCUUCGCGGAGAUCUACCUCGAGUGCGAAGACCAGUGUACAGAAACGCAAAUCGACGAGGCCAUUCGCAGAGCGACUCUCCAGCGGAAGUUCGUCCCCCUCCUUAUGGGCUCGGCCAAGGGCAACAAGGGCGUCCAGCCUCUCCUGGACGCAGUCUGCAGAUACUUGCCUGCGCCCUAUGAAAUUCCUCAGGUAGCCUACGACCAAGACAAACAGGAGGAAGAAGUCCCGCUGCAUGCAGAUCCGAAGAAAAGCCUGGUGGCGCUGGCUUUCAAAAUUCAGGAGUUGCCUGUUGGUCAGCUCACGUAUCUCCGUCUGUAUCAGGGGAAGCUCAAGAAAGGCGACUCUGUGGUGAACGUAUCGACCCAGAAGAGGUCUUCUCCGAUCAAGCGCAUUCUGCAGAUGCAUGCAGACGAAGCGCGAGAAGUACCACACGCGGUCGCGGGAGACAUCGUCGCUGUGAGUGGGUUGGAGUGCAACAGUGGAACAACGUUCACAUCCGACGCAGCUUCGCGUCUCUCUCUCAGCUCCAUGUUCGUCCCCGAGCCGGUCGUGUCUCUCUCCGUAAACGUAAAAAAGAAAGAUGACCAGCAACGCUUUGCCAAGGCCCUCAAUCGCUUCCAACGCGAAGACCCGACCUUCCGAAUGACGGUCGACGAGGAGUCGAAGGAGACGCUGAUUUCCGGGAUGGGGGAACUGCACUUGCAGAUUUACUUGGAGCGCAUGAGCAGAGAAUAUCGACUGACUGUGGAGACGGGAGAACCCAAAGUGAACUUCCGUGAAACGGUGACUCAGAGAACACCCUUCGAAUAUACGCACAAGAAACAAUCUGGCGGUGCGGGGCAGUACGGGAAGGUUGAAGGCUACUUCGAGCCCAUCGCCACAAAUAGCGAGGAGAUCGACACCAACUCCCCCAUUGAGUUCAGGAGUGAACUGGUGGGCAACGACAUUCCACCGAACUUCAUUCCAAGCAUCGAGAAAGGUUUCAGAGAAACCGCAAAGAAAGGCUUUCUUUGCGGCCAUCCCAUCAUCAACAUGCGCGUCGUGCUUAAGGGUGGCAAAGCCCACGAUGUCGACUCUUCAGAUAUCGCCUUCCGUCUCGCCGCCGCCGGCGCCCUACGAGAGUUCUACGAGUCGGCAUGCCCGAUUGUCUUGGAGCCCAUCAUGUCGGUGCAAGUGACGGUUCCUGCUGAGUUCUUGGCGGCAGGUUUGGGGACGGUCAGUCGCCGAAAGGGAACGGUGACGAACACGACUCGCCAGGGAGACACAGUGCUUCUCGAGGCUGAAGUCCCGCUGAAAAACAUGUUUGGAUACAUCACGGAUCUCCGCUCCUGCACCCAGGGCCAGGGCGAAUUCACCAUGGACUUCGACCGGUACCAGCCGAUGUUGUCGACUGAGCAGGAUGACCUCCGGGCCGCCUACCAGGCGCAGCUGCAGAAGAAGGGAGGAAAGUAG